CUUGCCACAAAGGGGAUUAGGAAUUAGUAUUGUGCAAUGAUGAGUACAAGUGUUUCUGUGUGUUCCUAUACUAGACUUCCGUCGUCUUUUGUUUUCUUUUUAACUGUUAUCUACUGCGGGCACAGCAUUUUUUACACUGCUCUUGAAUCAGCGGGCACAGCGAAUAUCUGACAUACUCCACCGCUGUCCCUCUCUCUCCAUGAGGAAUUCAACCACAGAAACUCCCCUGUAUUCCUUUCUCUUUUUCUCUCCCUCCCUUUCUCUACCCUACUUGUUUUUCUCAGCCUCUCCUGCACCCUCCCUUCUCCUUUCCAACUGGCAGCUUCCCAACUAGCCAACAGAAAAUAAAGCAAUAUUCAAACUCUCUCCCCAACACCACCACCCAGUCCGGCGUUACCAUGGAUCCCCCAAUGCCCUUCUGGCUUGGCCUGCCUGUCCCUCCCAACCACCUGUUGGGGGCUCAUAUAACCCACCCCUCCCUGUCCCUACGUACGGGCUCUCACGGGAUCCUUCUAAGCAACAGCAGGUACCUGAGAAGGCGAACAAUUCAAUAACAAACAGCCUGCCGGAGCCAGAGAGCUAGGAAAAGGCAAGGGAUUUAUCCAUUGUUCACUACCAACUUCUCCUUGGGCCUUCCUCCACCUCUGGUUCCCCACCUGUUACACCUUGGUCCAACCUGCUCAUAAGGGGAGAAGCAACUGUCCCCGGACCUCCCCAGACCUCCCCUAAGAGAGGCAUCCAUGGACCCUUCAUCUUCAACCACCUUCUGGAUGCUGUAGACUAUCACCUCCCAGGCUGGUUUUCAUUGCAGGUAACACAAGAAGGUCUGUCUUCUAUAGAGACAUUGCCAUCCAGUCCUAGUCCUAGUCUUGUAAAGAGGAGACAGAUACGAAUUUCUUAUCUAGACGCUCAUUUUGCUGGAAUAUUUUUCCAGACCUGCUUACCUGCCUGAUCUUGCUUUUGGGGGAUAUACUCAAGCUCCUAUUGUGUUACGUCCCUCCGCUUAAAGACUGUGACUUUGAACCCUUACCUUGAUCAAUUUUUUUAAAGAACUGCCUGUUUUGUGGUAUAGCUGUCCGUAAAAAGUACUCCCUGACUCUCUUAAAGGACAGUGGAAGAAGGCUGCGUCCCUGUCGGCGAGGCUGAGGGCCAUCUGCGAUGUCCUCUGCAGGGCUGGAGAUUUUAGCCAUGGGCCUGUGCAUCUUUGGCUGGAUGGGGACUAUCCUCUCCUGCGCCUUGCCAAUGUGGAGGGUCUCGGCUUUCAUUGGAAACAACAUCGUUGUGGCGCAGAUUAUCUGGGAGGGGCUGUGGAUGAACUGCAUUGUGCAGAGCACAGGCCAGAUGCAGUGCAAGAUCUACGACUCCAUGCUGGCUUUGUCGCAGGACGUCCAAGCCGCCCGGGCUCUCAUGGUGGUCUCGGUGGUGCUGGCUUUUCUGGCCUUGUUGGUGGGCAUCAUGGGAGCCAAGUGCACCAACUGCGUGGAGGACGAAGGGGCUAAGGCACGCAUCGUGAUCACCUCGGGUUCGCUCUUCAUCACCGCGGGGCUCCUCACCCUCAUCCCUGUGUGCUGGUCAGCCAACUCCAUUAUCCGUGACUUCUUCAACCCGGUGGUUGUUGAACCAUUGAAGAGGGAGCUGGGGGCUGCCCUUUACGUUGGGUGGGCCGCAUCGGCGCUGCUGUUCCUUGGAGGGUCACUUUUGUGCUGCUCUUGCCCUCCACGGGAGGAUCGCUAUCCAGCCCGCAUUGGGUACUCUGUCCCCGCCAGGUCCACUGCACCUCCGGGGAGUGGGAUCGACAAGCGGGACUAUGUAUAAGCAGCUGUUGUAUGUGUGUGUGCAUGUGUAAGUGGGGAUAUAUAGACUUGCCAGAUGUUACUAGGCCCAAACCCUGAUCAAAAUUACGGGCCCCAGUACAUUUACAUUUGAGCGAUGGAACAAAGGUCAUCGGUCUGCGUUGUGACCACUGAUAUCUGGCAAUUCUGUAUAGUGUGUGUGUAUGCAUGUGCUUGUACAGACAGAUUCCUAUGUGAGAUUGCACAAGUGGAGACUGGGAAGACCUGAACAAAUAAAGGGAUAUGCAAUAGAAUGAGCAAACAAUGAUGAGAGGGACAAGUGCUCCAGCAAGCACAAGUGGAAUGCAGAAGCAGGAGGCUGAGCAAACCAGAGCAGGAAGACAGGACACCACCCAGACAAGUUAAUGGCUAAGCGAGCAAACGUGCGUGGGGCCUGGGAAAUCUCAGCACCGAUAAGUGGACAUACAUAGACAAUGAAGGACAAAAGUAAAAACAGGCCAAGCAAUUGAUAAAUUAAAUCUGAGAGAAACAGAAAAUGAUAUCAAGACUAGCCAUCUUGUAAACAAUUAGGCUGCAACCCCCCCCCCCCCCCCAACAAAAUGAUGCAGUUAGGACUGAUAUGAAAGGAAGCGAGGGGAAAUAGAAAGGGAAUGCAUAGUGAAGUGGAGGUGUGGGUAAUGGAUGCUUUUAUGGCUGAAAGAAUGAGCGAGUAAAUGGGAUUGGGUGUCUGCAAAUGAAUCGUAAAGAGAAAAGGGCAGGUAGAGUAAACCGAGGCAGAACCUGACACCAAGUGGAAAUGAAUAGCGAAGGAAGCGAAUACUGGAGGAAGGCUGCACUACAAGGCUUGGGCAGGAAUGGCAAGAUGAAAUGGAUACCAAGAAACAAAAGAGGUGUGUGUGUGUUUGUGUGUUGUGUGUUUAUGUGGGGUGGGAGUGAUGGCAAAAGCCCCAAGCCUGGCCUUGCCUUGAACUGGUGCUCUUUGCUUGCUGGUUAAUUAUUUGCCAAGGAUUUGGCGUAUUCCCAGGGGCCUGAACAAACAAGUGGGGGGCUGCUUUUAUCGGAACUGAUCACCUCUAAAGAAGGAACUCUCUCUUCCACCCUAAAAUACAUUUAAUCUUGUUCUUAUUGUAAAGAUUGGGAACAGAAGGACAAAGGCGGUGGGCUUCCCUAUUCCUUCUGGUAUUGAGCCUGGAGUGAAUGUAUGGACAGGGUUGCCUGACUGAAAAACAUGUAAGAGUUGUGUAAAAGAGGGAAUUUCACAACCAGGUAACCAGCAAUUUCUGCUGAAAUUUCUUCUCCAGUUUACACACUUACAUCCCCUAGUACAGCAAAAUGAUUUGUGAUCUCACCUUCAUCAUUUCCACCAGAGACCUCCUGAGGAAAAAGGAAUGGGAAGAUUUUAAAGAUGUCCUUCAGCCUUUCCAUUGCCCCUCUCUCCAACCCAAAACUGUGUGUUUCAUGUUAUUGAGAACUGUAUUAUUCAUAUAAAUAAGAGAAAUAUUUGUAAUCCA